GUAAAGGGUAUAAAAGGGCCAGUCCCAGCCUGGGGGAGCACAAAUUCACCUUUCUGCCUUCAUCCACUUCCUCGCUGCUUAAUUCUUCCUACUGCUCUCACCCUGCUCAUAUCAGUGGCCAUGUCUCGCCAGUGUGCUGCAAGGAACCAGAUCAAAACUGGCUUCAGUGCUGCGUCUGCCUUCAUCCCAAAUGCCAGCAGCUCCAGCUUCUGCUUGCGUUCUGCAUCCCAAGGUGGAAGCUGCAGUUCCGCAGCUGGCUAUGGAAGAUUUGCUGGAGGUUUUGGAAGCAGGAGCCUCUACAGCCUUGGUGGAUGCAAGAGGAUCUCCGUAGCUGGAAGAGAUGGUGGCUUCUAUGGACCUGCAGGUUUUGGUGCUGGCACUGGGAACCCCUGUGGUUUUGGUGGUGCCUUCGGGUUUGGUGGUGGCAUGGGUGGCCCUGGAUUCCCUGCUGUCCCAGCUGGGGGCAUCCAUGAAGUCUCAGUCAACCAGAGCCUUCUGAAACCUCUCAACCUGGAGAUUGACCCCAACAUCCAGAGUAUCCGCAGGGAUGAGAAGGAUCAGAUUCAAACCCUCAACAACAAAUUUGCCUCCUUCAUUGACAAGGUCCGAUUCCUUGAGCAACAGAACAAAGUCCUGGAGACCAAAUGGGCCCUUCUGCAAGAACAGGGGAACAAAACAGUCAGAAACAACAUUGAGCCCCUCUUUGAGACCUACAUCAACAACCUCAGGAGCCAGCUGAACCGGUUGCUGACCGACAAGGAGAACUUGGGAGGGGAGCUGAGCAAGGUGCAAAACCUUGCUGAGGACUUCAAGAACAAGUAUGAAGAGGAGGUCAACAAGCACACGGCUGUAGAGAAUGAAUUUGUGAUCCUGAAGAAGGAAGUGGAUGCUGCCUACAUGAACAAGACAGAGCUGCAAGCCAGGCUGGAGUCCCUUAUGGAGGAGAUAGAUUUCCUCAGAGCCCUCUAUGAAGCCGAGCUGUCCCAGAUGCAGUCACAGAUCUCUGACACCUCUGUUAUCCUGACCAUGGACAACAACCGCAGCCUGGACAUGGACAGCAUCAUUGCAGAGGUCAAAGCGCAGUACGAGGACAUCGCCAACCGGAGCCGGGCAGAGGCUGAGUCCUGGUACCAGUCCAGGUACGAAGAGCUGCAGGCUACAGCAGGCAGACACGGGGAUGACCUCCGUAACACCAAGCAGGAGAUCUCUGAGCUCAAUCGCCACGUCCAGCGGCUGCGGUCUGAAAUCGACAGCGUGAAGAAGCAGUGCGCCAGUUUGCAGACAGCCAUCGCUGAUGCUGAGCAGCGCGGGGAGCUGGCCCUCAAGGAUGCCAGGGCCAAGCUGGAGGAGCUGGAGGCAGCCCUGCAGAAGGCCAAGACAGACCUGGCCCGGCAGCUCCGUGAGUACCAGGAGCUCAUGAACGUCAAACUGGCCCUGGACAUCGAGAUCGCGACCUACAGGAAGCUGCUGGAGGGAGAGGAGUGCAGGCUCUCUGGAGAAGGUGCUGGCACGGUGAAUAUCUCUGUGACCAGAACCACUGUAGGAACAGGAUAUGGAGGUGGAAACUGUCUCAGCUUCGGAGGCAGCAGUGGUGGUGUCGGAGGUGGGAUCUGUGCUGGAGGAAUGGGCUUCAGCUCUGGAAGCGGACAAGGCGCAGCUGGGUCAUGCCGGGUGGGUGGAAGCAGUUCCAGCAUGAAGUACGUCUCCACCACCUCUUCAACCAAGAGAUGCUACUAGAGCCAGAGACGAGCACUGUUAGCCAGUGUGUGCCAGGUUCCUCUCAUUUUGUGUGCAAUCCUUUCCCUGUUACCUGAAAAGAUUUGGAAGUGAAAGCUGUCCUUAUUUAUGAAACACGUCAUGCUCCUGUUUGUUCUUUGACCCUCCAAAAUCCUCAUCUCCCAGUGUUUGUCUAAUAAAAGGCAGAUGGAAUUAAAUCUGUCAUACAUGCCUUUUAAUUCCAAUUACUUUGUAGAACCUUGGGGAAAAGCAUGGUUGACAGAAGGCAAAAAGAAGCCAUACAAGAGUUGAGACCUUUCCUUCCACUGCAACUCCAUGGAGAACUCUUAUAUCCAACAGGAAUAGAGCAGGUGGAUAUUCCAUACCCAUUUGUGUGAGCAAAGUGUUUUAGCAUCAGUAUCUUCCACAGGAUGGGGAAAUAGCCACUCCUCCUAGCAGGUACUAGAGACAACAUCCCUCUAUCUUCAUUUCCACAUUACUGCAUCUCAGCUUUUUCAUACCACCUUGAUCAUGCCCCAACCCCUGCAAUUGUUCAAGGUUUUAUGCGACGAGUCACGUAGGGAUAGAAAUCCAGGUUUUCCCAAGAAGGCUCAUGCUGUUCUGUACAUGCACCAGCUGCAGGGGCUAAUAACAUGCCCUCACUGACAUUACCAUAAUUAGAAAUGAAAAAGACCCAUUAAAGCACCAAACUCACCCUCUUUGGGAAGAAUAAUGUCCGCAGACCUAGGCUGUGAGAUAGUUAAAGACCCUGAGGGAAGGAAGGUUUAGUUCCCUUCUCUGAUCUCCGACACAAACCAAAGCUUAAGAAACCCAUGAAAACUGAACGUGGUGAGAGCACCCCAGCAGAUUGUGCUGGCUCGGUCUCUGCCACAACCCUGCCGAGGGCCUAAAGCACUACAGGUAAACGUGGCACUCAUCAGGGGCAUGCUGACUCCUAACCUAAAGAGAAGGUGGUUCAAUAAACACCAGUUUGUCAUUAAUCCUCCAGACCUAAGCACACCACCACACUACUGGAAAGGAAACGGCUCGUCCUCCGUCCUUUUCAAUACCUGCCCAUCUUUCCCUGGCAUCUCUGGAGCCUAUUCCCACUGACAGCAGCAGAACUGAUAUUUGGUUGUUAUUUAAACAUAACAGCAUCAAACAGCCACCUGAUGGCCUGGGCUUUGACGAGUCACGCUGUUUUCUCUCUAAGGAGCCAUGUACUUUUAGCUAUCUCAUCACCCAGCAUUUCAGCUAAGCAAAGCAUCCAGGCUCCUUUUGCAGCCAACAGAAAGGCAGAGGUACACCCCAAA